GGAGCUCCGGUGGGCUCCAUUCACUUCUUCCCCGUGAGUGAGUGGGCCGCCAGGGGUCCCCCGCUGGCACUGGCAUCAUGGUGCGGAAUGUGGAUGACCUGGAUUUCCACCUGCCCUCGCAUGCCCAGGACAUGCUGGACGGCCUGCAGCGGCUGCGCUCGCAGCCCAAGCUGGCCGACGUCACGCUGCUGGUGGGCGGCCAGGAGCUGCCCUGCCACCGUGGCCUUUUGGCACUCAGCAGUCCCUACUUCCAUGCCAUGUUUGCAGGAGACUUUGCCGAGAGCUUCUCCGCACGCGUGGAGCUGCGGGACGUGGAGCCGGCCGUGGUGGGGCAGCUGGUGGACUUUGUGUACACGGGCCGCCUGACCAUCACCCAGGGCAACGUGGAGGCGCUGACGCGCACGGCCGCCCGCCUGCACUUCCCCGCCGUGCAGAAGGUCUGCGGCCGCUACCUGCAGCAGCAGCUGGAUGCUGCCAACUGCCUGGGCAUCUGUGAGUUUGGGGAGCAGCAGGGGCUGCUGGGCGUGGCUGCCAAGGCCUGGGCCUUCCUGCGGGAGAACUUUGAGGCCGUGGCACAGGAGGAUGAGUUCCUGCAGCUGUCCCGAGACCGGCUAGCCACCUGUCUGGCCAGCGACCUGCUGCAGGUGCAGCCGGAGCAAAGCCGGCUGGAGGCCCUGCUGCGCUGGGUGCGCCAUGACCCCCAGGCCCGGGCCUCCCAUCUGCCUGAGCUGCUCAGCCUGGUGCACCUGGACGCCGUGCCCAGGCCUUGUGUGCAGCAGCUGCUGGCCACCGAGCCGCUGAUCCGGGAGUCAGAAGCAUGCCAGGCAGUACUGUCCCAGGGCCAUGGUGGAGUGCUGCCGGCCCUCCUGGGGAAUCUGGAGGAGGUUCUGGUGGUGGUGGGCGGGCGGUCACUGGAGGAAGACGAGGAGGGCGGCGAGGAGCCAGCCAUCCACCCCGGGAACUUUGCCUUCUAUGACACCAAGGCCAAGAGGUGGAUGGCACUCCCAGACUUCCCCGACUACCACAAGUGGGGCUUCUCCCUGGCGGCCCUGAACAACGACGUCUAUGUCACAGGCGGCUCACGGGGCACCAAGACAGACACCUGGUCAACCACCCAGGCCUGGUGCUUCCCGCUGAAGGAGGCAGCCUGGAAGCCCGUGGCACCCAUGCUGAAGGCCCGCACCAACCACGCCAGCGCAGCUCUCAACGGGGACAUCUACGCCAUCGGUGGCACCACUCAGGACGUGGUGGAGGUGGAGAGCUACGACCCCUACACAGACAGCUGGACGCCUGCCAGCCCGGCCCUCAAGUACGUCAGCAACUUCUCGGCCGCCGGCUGCCGCGGCCGGCUCUACCUGGUGGGCUCCAGCGCCUGCAAAUACAACGCGCUGGCCCUGCAGUGCUACAACCCUGUCACAGAUACGUGGAGCGUGAUCGCCUCGCCCUUCCUGCCCAAGUACCUGUCCUCGCCACGCUGCGCGGCACUGCACGGGACGCUCUACCUCAUUGGUGACAACACCAAGAAGGUCUAUGUGUACGACCCCGGGGCCAACCUGUGGCAGAAGGUGCAGUCCCUGCACAGCCUGCAUGAGAAUGGCGCGCUGGUGCCACUGGGCGACGCGCUGUACGUGACGGGAGGCCGCUGGCAGGGCAUGGAUGGCGACUACCACGUGGAGAUGGAGGUCUACAACACCGUGCGUGAUGCCUGGACCCGCCACGGUGCCCUGCCCCGCCUCUGGCUCUACCACGGGGCCUCUGCCAUCUUCCUGGAUGUCUCCAGGUGGACCCAGCCCUUCAGCCCCGCCCAGGAGCACUGAGUGGGAAAGGGGCUCCGAAGAGAGGGUUCCCAGAGCAGCUCCUCCUGUGGUCACCCCGUGGGCUGGACCCUUUUAUUUUUGCCUGUCUGUUCAUUUGGAGCUGCUAUCCCUUCCAGAACUCAGGCCAGGUUCGGGCUACCAGGGCACGUCAGAUGGCACGGCUGAGAGGACACAGCCUUGGUCUCUGGAGCCACCACAGCAAACCGAGCUGACCAGUGGCCAGGGCCUGAACUCUGCCCAGUCAUGUAAUGGGGGACGCCGUGCGGCUGCCCCUGGGGGUUGCUGAGACCUCAGAGACAGGAGCCAGUGGGUCCAGGACAGCAUUCUCAGAACUCAUGCGCUCUGCAAAUGUCAGCUGUCCCUGCCUCUGUGUCCCACUGGUGGCUUUCAGAGGAGCUGCACAAAUUGGGGGUGGACACGGAGCAGCCCAGGAAGCCGAGGCUGUUGAGGAAGGAGGGACCUUGGGAUGGGCCAGCACCAGAUCCUUGCGUCUGCUGGGCCCCUGCUGUGUGACCAGGGCCUGCAGCCUCCCCUGUCUGGCCUCAGGCUUCAUGUCACCACACACGAAGCUAGGCUUUGGGCUCUCCCCAACCCAGCCUCUCCAUGUUGGCACCAUGUUCCCAAAUCUGCUUCUGAGGACAAAGGAGGCCUCCGCCCAACUCUUCGUGUGUCACCCCCAUGAAUGCACUAGGAAGGAAGGAGGCGGGGGGUGGGGGGCCCCAGGGAAGGGCCAGGGAGGCGAGCAGGGAGGGAGUGCGCUCUGACAGGCCUUCCCCUGCUCUUACGUGAUCUGCCUCAAAACGAAGGCUCUGCCUCAGAAUCCAGUUUCUCUCCGGGGAGGCCCACCGAUGCGAAAUCUGCACAUUGCGGGGCUGCCUCUUGGGUGCAUUGGUGGCUUGCUCCCAGCAUGCUCCCGAGAGAGGGUGGUGGGUCGUGACCAAUGGGCUCUCCUGCCAGCACGUGGCAUGACUCAGGUGGCUCAGGCCUGUCCCAGAGCCCCUCAGGCUGACUGGGGUCCCAUGCAGGGCUGGCCCAGCCUCUGUGCGCCUUCUUUCAUGUCCUGAACGAGGCGCCAAGCUUGUAAUCAAAGAGGCAAUAAAGGACUCUCACUGGGU